ACUGUAACAGUUCCCGAAAGUCGCUUCUCUGCGAGCAGUAACAGCUUUGAAAUCGGUCAAGUUGCUCAGUCAGCAGCCUGCCAAGAGUGCAGCCACGUGCACUAGGGUUAGAUGUAAAGGCGGCAGCUGGUCCCGCAGAGAGAGCUGAGACGGAGCUCCCGUAACACCCCCAGCAUCUCUGAAACCCGCGGAGCGGUAAUCAGGAGCAUCCCUCGGGGCCGAAUGCGCCGUGGACCAUGCCCCUCCUAACCCAGCGGAUCCCAGACGAGAAUGAUUACUGCUUAGUGGCCAGCCUUGACAACGUCAGGAACCUCUCCACUAUCUUGAAGGCUAUUCAUUUCCGAGAACAUGCCACGUGUUUCGCUACUAAAAAUGGAAUCAAGGUUACAGUGGAAAACGCAAAAUGUGUCCAAGCAAAUGCUUUUAUUCAGGCUGGAAUAUUUCAAGAGUUUAGAGUUCAAGAAGAGUCUGUUACUUUUCGAAUUAAUUUAACUGUCCUUUUAGACUGUUUAUCUAUUUUUGGAUCAAGUCCUGUGCCAGGGACUUUUACUGCACUUCGGAUGUGUUACCAAGGUUAUGGUUACCCUCUGAUGCUGUUUCUGGAAGAAGGAGGCGUGGUGACAGUGUGUAAAAUCAACACUCAGGAGCCUGAGGAGACUCUGGAUUUUGAUUUCUGCAGCACCAAUGUCAUUAAUAAAAUUAUUCUGCAGUCAGAGGGGCUCCGUGAAGCAUUUUCCGAGUUGGAUAUGACGAGUGAGGUCCUGCAGAUCACCAUGUCUCCAGAUAAACCUUAUUUCAGGUUAUCUACUUUUGGGAAUGCAGGAAGCUCCCACCUUGACUAUCCCAAAGAUUCUGAUUUGAUGGAAUUAUUUCACUGCAAUGAGACCCAGGUCAACAGAUACAAGAUUUCUUUACUGAAACCCUCUACAAAGGCAUUAGUCCUGUCUUGUAAGGUAUCUAUUCGAACAGAUAACCGAGGAUUUCUCUCAUUACAGUAUAUGAUUAGAAAUGAAGAUGGACAAAUAUGCUUUGUGGAAUAUUACUGCUGUCCUGAUGAAGAAGUUCCUGACUCUUAGUCUUCAGUAUGGGGGUUCACGCACUGUUUAUGUACACAUGCAUAGUAGGUCAUGUUCUCAUGCUGAGCGCAGUGCCCUUCAUGACUUCCUGUUAAGAUUUUCUAAGGGGAAGAAGCAGGGAGGAGCAGCAGCACAGUCCCUGUCCCGAUAGUUGCUGUAGGUUUUCUCAGUAAUGUUGUCACGUAGUCAUAGAUUAUCCAGUACUGGACUAGUUUGUGGUUCUGUCUUUUGAACUCACGGAAAUUGUUACAAGUCAAGGUGCAUAAGUUUUAUGUGUUAUUCUACUUAAGUAGGACAUUCCAAGAGUAUAAAAAUUUGAAGUUUGGUGAAGCCAUAUCAGAAAUGUUCUUUUAUUUAUUUACUAUUAGAAAAAGCAAUAGCAUAUGGGCAUCACUUCCUAGUUGGAAUUCUGGAGACUCUGUCAUAAAGCAGUGGUUCUCAGAGUGUCAUGCCUAGACCAUCUGGAAACUUGUCAGGAACUCUGAGGGUGGGGCCAGCAAUCUGUAGUUUAAACAGCUUCCCCCCUUCACUGCCCCACCCCCCGAGAUUCUGAUCCUUGCUAAAGUUUGAGAACCCCUGUUUUAAAGGAUAUUUUUUAAAAAUA